AUGUGCAUCCCAUCCUCAGGGCUGUUCACCUCGAGGAUUGAACAGAUGAUCACCGUCGCAAUCAUGAAAUCUACGGCUGUUCCCAACUCUGAUCGCGAAGUCCCGGCCAUGUCUGACCUUCGAGUCGCUGCUGAAAAACCUCCAGCGGUGCUUGUCAACAGCGACAAACAUGUGUCUACUCACGAAGAGAAUGGUAUGGCGACAAACGGCGCAUCCAUCGACAGAUUGACCAACGAUGUCAUUGGCUUCCAUAUCGGCGACGAAGCUGCUACUAAAAUCACCGUCGUCGAGAAUCCGUCCCCUCGCGCCGAGAGGUCUCCAGCCGAAAACCAAUUCGGCACUUUAGGCACCCUUGCCAACAGUUCCCAAGCGCCGAACGACAUCUCAAACUCGGCUCUGUCCAAGCAAAGCCAUAUCAACCACGCCGAGGGCAAGAAACUCGACGUGAAACCGACCUCCACAGCCGUUACAAGCACCGAGCCUGUGGGCAUCUACUAUCCGCCACGUCGCCCAAACAUCUUCAGGGCGCGCGCAAAGCAUCUGCGUUUUCCCGAAUGUGACCGGAACCCGAUCCCAAGCCAUGCCGUUGACAAGUCUGAAGGGUUUAUGGAAGACGUUGAUGACGAUCUCUCUUUCGAGGGCUUGGAGGAAUUUCAGUCCGAGUCAAAACGGAAAAUGGCGGAGAAGACGAAGCGAUUCAUGGGUGUGGUACAGCAAUGUGAAUGGAGGUCGAGGGUGGAGGAUUUGGGAACUGUUCAGGAGAUUGAGGAGUAG